CUCUCUCUCUCUCGAUCGAAAUCUCCGACGAACUAUCUCGCCGGCGUUUUCUCCGAUCAGUCAAGCUCCGUCGAUGGCAGCUUCAGUUCCUUCCUCCACACCCUGACACCCCUCCGCUUGCUCCCACAAAGCCCUCCCCCCAUGGCAGUGGCGGCCAAGUCCCGGACCGUCGUCGAGCCCUUGGCCGCCCAGUUCGAUCUCUCCGAUCACUCUCACUCGCCCGUCCGAUCCGUCGCCCUCUCCACCCUCUCCGAUGCCCAGACCCUAGUCUACCUCGGGACUCAGUCCGGCACCCUCGUGCUGCUCCAAGUCGUCGCCUCUCCCGAGGCUUCUCCUCCCUCCUCCCUCGGCGACGGCUCCAGGGCUCUCUCGCAGCCGCGGCAGCUCGGAGGGGGGAGCGUCUCUUUCCUGCGGAGCGUCACGAUAGCUCGGGACUCCUCCGUGGAUUCGGUGCAUGUCCUUGCGGAGAUCGGGAAGGUGCUGGUGCUUUCGGACGGGUCUCUGUUUUUGAUUGAUUCUCUUCUGGCGCAGCCUUCGAAGAAAAUUCCGCCUUUCAAAGGGAUAUCAGCGGUCGUGAGGAGGUUCCGAGCGGGUGGUGCGACUGGGGGCUCUGAUUUGUCCGAUUACUCCGUGAAUGCUUCGGAUAAUCCUAGUGCUGGCUCCCGGUUUUUACAAAAAUUGGGAAGUGGCAUUCGUGCGAAUGGUGUAAAAAUCAAAGAAGCAGAGCAAUCGAGCCAGCAACCCGAAGGUAGCUAUAUUUUUGCCAUUGUGAUCGGCAAAAGAUUAGUCAUAGCCGACUUCAGCGCUAUUAGUGAGUCUUUGGUUGUUUUAAGAGAGAUGCAAUGUGUCGAGGGUAUUAAGGCGAUGGUGUGGCUGGAUGAUUCGAUAAUGGCUGGCACGGUUAGUGGGUACAUUCUAUAUUCAUGCAUCACGGGGCAGAGUGGUGUAAUAUUCUCAUUGCCGGAUGUAUCUAGUUCGCCGCAGCUUAAGUUGCUGUGGAAGGAGUGGAAGGUUCUGUUACUGGUGGAUAAUGUUGGAGUAAUUGUUGAUUCAUACGGCCAGCCUGCUGGUGGGAGCCUGGUCUUCCGGCGUGGUCUUGAGUCAGUAGCGGAAGUAUCUUCCUAUGUCACGGUUGUGAAAGAUGGGAAGAUGGACGUGUAUCAUAAAAAAUCUGGGAGUUGUAUUCAGACUCUUCCCUUUGCUGGGGAGGGUGUUGGGCCCUGUUUUGUUGCUGAUGAAGAAGAUGCGAAUGGCAAUCUGGUUGUUGUAGCAUCACCCUCUAAGGUGUUUUGUUAUCGAAAGGUCCCUUCGGAAGAACAAAUCAAAGACCUUUUAAGAAAGAAGAGCUUCAAUGAAGCGAUAUCCCUGGUGGAAGAGCUUGAGUCUGAAGGUGAAAUGUCCAAGGAUAUGCUCUCCUUUGUUCAUGCUCAAGUGGGUUUUCUGUUGCUUUUUGACUUGCAUUUUGAGCAGGCGGUGAAUCACUUUUUGCAGUCAGAGAUAAUGCAGCCUUCUGAAGUCUUUCCUUUCAUAAUGCGAGAUCCCAAUCGCUGGUCACUGCUGGUUCCCAGAAAUCGAUAUUGGGGUUUGCAUCCUCCUCCUGCACCUCUUGAAGAUGUUGUUGACAAUGGAUUAGCAAUUAUUCAAAGAGCUAUAUUUCUUAGAAAGGCUGGUGUUGAAACUUCGGUGGAUCAUAAUUUCCUUCUGAGUCCUCCCAAUAGAGCUGACCUACUGGAGGCAGCGAUCAAGAGUAUGACAAGGUAUCUUGAGGUUUCUCGGAAGAAGGAUUUGACCUCAUCAGUGAAGGAGGGAGUGGACACACUUCUGAUGUACCUUUAUAGGGCCUUGAACUCUGUUGACAAAAUGGAGGAGCUUGCUUCCUCUGAAAAUAGUUGCGUUGUGGAGGAAUUGGAGAAUUUGUUGGAUGACUCCGGGCAUCUUCGGACGCUUGCUUUCCUGUAUGCCAGUAAAGGCAUGAGCUCAAAGGCUCUAGCUAUAUGGCGUGUCUUGGCUAGAAAUUAUUCAUCUAGUAUCCGGAGGGACUCUGCAUCCGAUAAUGAACUCCAGAAUAGGAGUUCAAAUACUCUAAAUGCUCGGGAGACUGCUGCAAGUGAGGCAUCAACGAUUCUUGAGGAAUCUUCUGAUCAAAAUUUAGUUCUGCAACAUUUUGGAUGGAUUGCAGAUAUCAACCAGGUUCUUGCUGUUAAAGUCUUGACAUCUGAGAAAAGAGAAAAACAACUAUCACCAAGUGAAGUGCUUGCAGCAAUUGAUCUUAAGAAAGUUGAAAUUCGCCAAAGGUACCUUCAGUGGUUGAUUGAAGAUCAAGACUCUGAUGACACUCACUUCCAUACAAUGUAUGCUAUUUCACUUGCCAAAUCAGCACUCGAGUCUUAUGCAAGGGAAAGUAUGUAUGGUGAACAUUAUGUGGGAAACACAGGAGAAAAGAGCACCUAUGAUUCAGGAUCACAUUCAAUUUUCGAAAGCUCUGUCCGGGAAAGAUUACAGAUAUUCUUGGAAUCCUCUGACCUCUAUGAUCCAUUGCAAGUCUUGGAAUUGAUUGAGAAUUCAGAGUUAUGGUUGGAAAAGGCUAUUCUUUACAGAAAAUUAGGGCAAGAGACAUUGGUUCUACAGAUAUUAGCCCUGAAGCUGGAGGACAGUGAAGCUGCUGAACAGUAUUGUGCAGAGAUUGGCAGACCAGAUGCCUACAUGCAGUUACUUGAUAUGUAUCUGGAUCCACAAGACGGUAAGGAGCCUAUGUUUAAGGCAGCUGUUCGGCUUCUCCACAACCACGGUGAAUCUCUUGAUCCUCUACAAGUUCUUGAGACAUUAUCUCCGGAAAUGCCUCUUCAACUGGCCUCAGAGACAAUCUUAAGAAUGUUGAGGGCCCGGCUGCAUCAUCAUCGUCAAGGACAAAUUGUACACAACUUAUCUCGUGCUGUAGACCUUGAUGCAAAAUUAGCGAUACUGGAGGAGCGAUCACGACAUGUACAGAUCAAUGAUGAGAGUCUCUGUGAUUCAUGUCAGGCUCGUCUUGGGACUAAACUCUUUGCUAUGUACCCGGAUGACACAGUUGUCUGCUACAAGUGUUUCCGGCGUCAAGGUGAGUCAACUUCUGUCUCAGGGCGUGACUUCAAGAGGGAUGUCUUGAUAAAGCCAGGGUGGCUCGUGACCAAAUAAUUCUAGAUGUGGUAUUUGAAUUCUCCAACUCAUUGAAGGCUGAAGAGGAUUAUCAUUUCCAGUUACUUCAGCGUUCUGG